AUGUCUGGCACACUUCCUCACACUGCAACGUGGCAUGAAGAGAGAGGAGAGUUUAACGGCCAGAAACUGGUUAUCAUCGAUACUCCAGGUAUGAUGCACACAGAGCUAACCAAAAAACAGGUGGAAGACGCAAUCGUGGAGUCCAUCAUACUUGCCGCUACAGGAAUUCACAUGUUUCUGCUUGUUACGAAGACAAGAUCGCCUACAAUAGGGGAUGAAGCUACAGUGGAAGUCUUUAAGAGGAUGUUCGGCGAACAUUUCAAAGAUUACACAUUGGCCUUGUUCACCAAUAGAGAUGGAAAAAAACUUCAGCCCGAAGAUGUAGACGACUUGGUCAAGAACAACACCAUAAAGGUUGAUGAAUACCAAGCCAUCAGCAAAAACAACAACCGGGAACAAGUGAAGGAGCUUCUGACGAAGAUCAAAAACAUUGUUCAAGACAGAGAAGAAAAGAAGAAGAUGUACACCAGCGAAAUGUUGAAGAAGGCUCAGGAAAUCAUAAAGGAGCAGGAGGAGAAGAGAUUGCCGGAAGACAAGGAUACAAAGUCAGACCUGAGGAUCGUACUGCUUGGGAAGGUCGGCGUUGGGAAGAGUUCUUCAGGAAACACCAUCCUGGGUGAUGAAACUCUAUUUCCCAUAACGGAAGGCCAAAUCUCUGCUACAAAGACGUGCGAGAAGAAAACAAAAGAUAUUGACAACCGAAAGGUGACGGUUGUUGAUACUCCGGGUUUGCUUCAAAAGAACAGAAAAGAACAGGAGUUGGUGGCAGAGAUCAAGAGAUCCAUCUCACUUGCCGAUCCCGGUCCUAACGUCUUCCUGAUUGUGCUGGAUGCGGAAGAUGAAUUCACAGCAGAAGAAAUUCAAAUGUUGGAAAUCAUCAAAAACACUUUUGGCAAAAAAAUAUGGGAUUACACUAUGGUCUUGAUCACUAAGGUAGAAGAAGAGAAUAAAGACAACGUCGAAACCUUUAUUCGGUCAAAUAACAAUCUCCUCGACCUCAUCGUUAAGUGCAAGUGGGGUUACCAUGCCUUUUUCGAAGAUGACAAAGAAGAUGCUAAUAAAGUCCCUGAGUUGCUGAAGAAGAUUACCGAAAGGGUUCAGGCAAAUAAAGAAAGAUGCUACACUAAACAGAUGCUCAGAGAGGCUGAAGAGGCCUUAAUCAAAAAACAGGUACAAAAGAAAGAAAAGAAAGGCAGGCUAGCCUUUUUAUGCAUUGCUACUUUUGUUGGAGUUCUGGUCGGAGGUCCGUUUGGGUAUCUUGCUGUUACUGCUCCGGUGACGAUAGUGAUCGGAGUUGCACUGGGAUGUGUCGGGGGUGGGAUACUGGCAGCAGCGGUGGCAGGUUCAGUGAUUAUCGCCAAGAAAUACUGCACCAGAAAAAACAACAGGGGAGACUGGUUUUAA